UGUCAACGAACGCUGUUUCUAUCUCACGUGCACGUUGCCUUACAUAAUUAGAUUUAGUUGAUAUCGAAGUUCACAUGGCGACAGCUGUUUCUGCGUCUGGUGACGAAGACGUAGCUAAUUUGAAAGAGAAAGCUGCCUUGCCUUUAGUAGAUCCCUUCAUUGGUAAUGUCAGCAACUACGUCGCUUCUCCUAGUGAUCACGAAGGGUCUCCAGUGCGAGGUCAUCUCAUUUUCAAUGCUUGCUUCGAAGGAGGCAACUUAGGAAAGGUGGACCGAUUAUCAGAGUUUGAAUAUGAUCUCUACAUUCGUCCAGACUCAUGUAAUCCAAGGUUUCGUGUUUGGUUUCACUUUUCUGUUGCUAAUACAAAGUCUGAGCAACGUGUCAUCUUUAAUGUGGUCAACUUCAGUAAGACAAAGAGUUUGUAUCGUGAGGGAAUGAGUCCGCUAGUCAAGUCAACUAGUCGUCCUCGGUGGCAAAGAAUUCCACCUAAAAAUGUUUUUUAUUAUCACUGUCCUGACCAUUUGAAAAACUACAUAAUGUCAUUUGCAUUUGCAUUUGACAGAGAAGACGACAGCUAUGAGUUUGCAUACAGCUAUCCUUACACUUACACUCAUCUCCAGCAAUAUCUGGAGCGCAUUGAAGCCAACCAGCUGGACUACUUCAAACGAGAACUUCUAUGCCUGACUGUUCAACAGAGGCGCCUGGAUUUGGUCACUAUUGCUUCACCAGAAAACUUGCAACGUUCACAUUCAAAAAUUGUAUUUAUGACUGCUCGUGUUCAUCCUGGAGAGACACCGUCAUCUUAUGUAUGCCAAGGUCUGAUUGACUUUCUUAUCAGUAAAGAUGCAGUUGCAGAAGUCUUGAGAGAUAACAUCAUAUUCAAAAUCAUUCCAAUGCUCAAUCCUGAUGGUGUGUUUCUUGGUAACUACAGAUGCUCUUUGAUGGGCUUCGACCUCAAUCGGCAUUGGCAUGAACCAUCACCAUGGGCUCACCCUACUUUGCAAGCAACCAAAGCUCUUGUAUUAAAGUACAAUGCCGACCCGAAUAUUGAUCUGGAUUUUUACAUUGACAUUCAUGCUCACUCCACUCUUAUGAAUGGUUUUAUGUAUGGUAACGUGUAUGAAGACAUAGAGAGGUUUGAUCUUCAUUCAGUCUUUCCGAAGCUGCUCUGUGCCAAUGCACAAGAUUUCUCCAUGCUGAACACAUCUUUCAAUCAAGAUGCUGUCAAAGCUGGAACAGGAAGAAGGUUCUUAGGCAACUGCCUCAAUCCCUGCACCAACUGCUAUACUCUAGAAGUAUCGUUUUUCAGCUACACUACUGGCAGUCCGCAUUCAAGUCCAGCACCAUAUACUGAAGAAGGGUACUUCAGAUUAGGUCACAAUGUUGCAAGAACAUUUCUGGACUACUACCACCUUCAUCACCUUCUACCACCGUCCAUCAAACGCUCACCGUCAAAGCAUAAUGAACAGAGUCUUCAGCAAACGCAAGGUAGACGAACAUCGGCUGAUCUGUCCGAUGACAAGUUUAAGGUACAAGCAAAUAACAGUAGUACAUCUGAAGAGCAGAAAGAUGAACCAACUGUGUCAGUUGAGACUUUCAGCAGCACUGCAGCCUCUAAUUCAAUUCGUUCUUCUCAUCAGUUGGACAGCACACCUGUUGCUAAAUUACGCUACUCACACAAGAAGUAACACUAGACAACGUAAUGUAAAUCUGGACAGUCAUCUAUAUUCAUAUCAAAGUUAUAUUUGUUCAUGCUUUUCCUUAGUUAGACCUGCAACUACAAAUGAAUUUCUUUGAUUACAUAUUGAACUACUGAUUAGAUAAUUGUUAAUUAUUAAAUAUAAAUUGAGUGUGCUGA